CAGUAGUUAAUGAAAUUGUAGUCUGAAUAACAUUCAUAAUGAAAAAAGGUGAUUUUCACGUUACAAUGGCAUUUAUAACGGCUUACUGGGGCCUGGACGUCAUGAUAGUUCUGAUGACUCUUAUUAUAACUGUCCAUUUUUACAUGGCGCACAAAUUCAAUUACUGGAAAAAGCGGAACGUUUUGCAUGCACUACCGAUAUCAAUUUUGGGCAAUUUUAAGGAUUGCCUAUUACUAAAGAAAUCUCCUGGCUAUCUUCUGAAAGAUUUUUAUGAUCAAGGGAAAGGAAUGCCUUAUAUCGGUUUCUACAUAUUAAACAAACCAUCCUUAAUGGUUCGCGAUAGAGAACUUAUUAAAAAUAUUUUAAUAAAAGACUUCGAUUACUUCAUUGAUCGAUUCGCCACACCUAGCACGACUGAUCGUUUGGCUUAUUCCAGUCUCUUCUUUAUCAAAGAUGCAGCCUGGAAGAUCUUAAGAACAAAGUUAUCACCAACCUUCUCAUCUGGCAAAUUGAAAAAAAUGUUCGAGCUGAUGUUAGAAUGCGGUGACAAUCUAGAUACGUAUCUCGAAUCGAUAAAAUUGGAAGAUAAAAACAUUGAACUGGACGUGAAAGACUUAUCCUCCAAAUUCUUUAUGGACAUAGUUGGUACUACUGCGUAUGGACUUAAUGUGAACUCGUUAAAUAAUCCAGAUAACGAGUUCCCAAAGUAUGGCAAACAAAUUUUUAAGAUCAGCGUUUUACACUCUAUCGAGUUUUUCGCGAUAUUCUUUUUACCAAGUUUAGUUUAUUUUAUCAAUGCAGAAUUGUUUAAUAAGAAAGUUACUGUCUUCUUACGUAAUGUGUUUUGGCACACAAUCACUCAACGCAUAAAGUCUGGUAAAAAGAGAAAUGAUCUCAUAGAUGCUCUUAUUGAAUUAAAAGGAAAGAUUUACAGAGAUCAGGACAGUGAAAAAGAAUUUACAUUUGAUGGCGACGAUCUACUAGCACAGGCAGCUAUUUUCUUUAUAGCUGGUUACGAAACCUCUUCAACAACAGUGACUUUUACUUUAUACGAACUCGCAAGACAUCCAGAAGUACAAAACAGGCUUAGAAAAGAAAUUCUUAAUGCGCUCGACGAAACCGAUGGCAAAAUUACAUACGACAUGGUUACAAAGUCGUUACCGUAUCUCGACAUGGUAGUAUCCGAAAUUUUGAGAAUGUACCCGCCAUUGCCGUUUUUAGAUCGUAUAACGAAGGAAACUUACAAGGUACCUAAUUCCGAUUUAGUUCUCGAGAAGGGUACACCAAUUUUUAUUUCGUUACUUGGUGUGCACUACGAUCCGGAAUACUAUCCUACUCCAGAUAAAUUCGAUCCGGAACGAUUCACCGAGGAGAACAAACGUAAUAGACCGUCAUGUGUCUAUCUUCCGUUUGGAGCCGGACCACGUAUGUGUAUAGGUUUUCGUAUGGGACUUUUACAAUCAAAACUGGGAAUUAUUGUAAUUUUAAGGAAAUACGAGGUGGAACCAUGCAAAAAAACUCUAAUACCAAUGGUUAUCGAAUCAGCUAGUUCCUCCACAACGCCAUUGGGUGGUACUAUGCAUCUCAACAUCCGCAGAAUUAACAAUAAUGCUAAUUAAAAAUUGAUAGUAAAAUAAUUUAAUAAAACAAACAUUAAUUAAAA